AUGCCGGUCCAGCAGCCCGAGGGACGAAUCAAGAACUUCAACACCCUCUGGAAUCGGAUACAGAAUGAUGUCAUCAACAAGGAGGACAAGCUCCGAUGGGCGAUGCUCGACAAGCAGAUGGAAAUCCGAAGGUCCACCGGACAACUGAGGACUGAGCCUUUGAAACUGCCACGUGCACACACCAACAUUGGUCCCUACCCGGGUUGCAAAAGGAAUGUGCCUCUGUCUCCACGAAAGAGCGCUGCGGUUUGCUUCCUGGAGCAACGACUGCUUAGGGCUGAAAGCGACAGCAAGCUGAAGACCAUGCGGGAUACCUUGUACGAUGGUGUGAGUGGCUGCGGUGAGGGUCGCUAUGCCUACCUGAAGCUUCGAUCCAAAACCAGCAUCAGAUCAAGGUAUGGCGAUGAGCCUCAAGCUACCUCCCAAGACUAUGGCUGGGUCCAACCAACAGGUGAAUACAGGGCUUCGCCGUUUGCUCAUAAGCCCGGUGUCGUGGAAGCCUUCAACCGUCCAUGUGGUGCCGUUACGCCGGCUGGUGCCCGCAAGGGAGGUGCCUUGACUCGAGCCAUCGCUCGUCAAAAUGGCAAGAGGCCAGAAGCAGCUCGAGCGAGGGAUUCGCCUGCCAGCGACACGGUCUCUUUCGGCGGCCGCUCUUCUCCAGGCGAGAAACCAGGUGCACAGCGCCCAUCCUCUGCACCGAGUAGGAGAUCCUUUGAGCCGCCGAGCAGGGCGUCACCCGCUGGGUCAGUUGGUGCACAGUCAGUGCAGAGACAGAGCAGCGAUUCAGGCCUUCUGAAGGCGAAAUCCGUCCUGGUGGUUGAAGAAGCAUCAGGAUCACCAAACAAGCUGCGUGACAAAGCCCGAGCUGUUGGCAUGAUGAAGAGAGCUCAAACAGCUGUAUUGGCUUCACCUGAAGAGCCAACAGAUGUUGAUCUGUUGCUCAAGAAAACCAACUUCGCGCCAGAUGUGGAAAGCGAUCAGAGGAAAAGGGCUCUGUCAGUGCCAUCAUCGCCAGACAACAAGAGUUCGCAGCCUCUCGCAGCCGAUCUUCCGCAAGGGCCGCCAAGGAGAAAUGUGAUCACACCGACACCUGAUCCAACGUCCGAUGAUGGGUCACGUCCUACUAGAUCCAAGCAUUCAGAGCUUCCGCAGAGGCGGACAGCGCUGAUUGCCAUGGCCACCGGAGCGGAGACCGCCGACCGGAUCAAGAGCUUGUUUGGGGCUGGAAAUCGCGUUGACCCUAAAGUGUGGACAGCCUGGGUGGAGAAUUUGGCGCAUUCAGGUCAAUCUCAACCGAUGGCUGGGCACUUCGGGGAAGUGGACCAUGAGGGCAAACGGCAAAAAGAGGCCACAGACAAAGAGCAUAUGGAGUUCCUGACAGAGGACUACUUUCUGCAAGAUUUGGACCAGAGCAAAGAUCCAGCAGAGAAGACGGGAAAGUCAAAGCAGGGGAGGCCUAAAAAACCAAUGUCCACGGCCUUCACUGACCGGGGAGUUCGAAUGCGUGAAGGUGUGGCGACAAAGCACCUGCUUCGGAUGGAUCUGCAAAGUUAUGAAGACGAAGGCCCAACCAAGCACAAGGCAGGCUGUAAUUGCUCGGUUUGUCAGCCUACCCAUAUUCAUCCUGCAGGUCAGCCUACUCAUGCCUGCGCCCACAAUGUGGUUGCGGACCCAGUGAAGGUCAAAGUAGGAAAGCACAACUAUCCUCAAGCGCAGAGUCCCGGGGUUCGCAAGGCUCUUGAGUACGCUCAAGGCAGCGCACACGAGCACGAGCUGCUUUUCCAGCAGAGCAUGACUCGCAAGGGUCGUGUUCAAGCUGAUACUUCCAGUACCACAGCUGGCCAGUACCGACGUCCCAAGACCGAGGCAAUGGUGAAAAAGUCUCCUGAGGGUGGCAAUCCAACCUUGCAGAGAUCCGAUGCUUCCUACAUCUUGAAUCCUCGUGAAAGUGACCCGCCUCAUCCACAUGAUAGGAUUUGCAAUACUCGCAAGGCCCGCGGAGAAUUCAAGGAAGGAUACUCUCAAGAGUGCACUCGCUUCGCUGUCAAGUGGAAUCAAGACCUCUACAGGUUCGAUGUCCUAUCAUAUGGUGGUGAUGCCAUUCGACCUCUAUUUCGUGCAGGGUCUUGCCCUCCCAAUCAGAGCAGCGCCAAUCCAAUCACUGGCGAUGUGAAGGACAACGUUAAGUCUCCUCGAAGAAAAACCGAGCAUGAACAGAAGGGAAGGGAAAAAGCUGGUCAAGCUGUUCGGAUGCUCACGAAUCACACAGAUCUUGAUGCCCAGGCCAAAGAGGAUCGAGAGAACCGCAUGCAGGUCGACGAAAACUUUGCCAAACUUUGCAAAGCUGGAGUCGAACUUGGAUCCACGCGCGCCGCAGAGGUUUCAAAGAUCAAGGCAACACAGUUCAGACAUUUGUCGACCAAUGUAGCCAAUGCACUAAAGUGGGACGAUUGAUGUGCCAGUCUCAAAGAUCUGCGCAGCCAAGCUGUAGGCAGAACUAAAGAGAGCGAAACUAAAAUAGAGCUCUUUUUCCUGCGCAACUGUCACGUGGUCAUCGGACUGCACAG